AUGACCACUGCCGCUAUCACUGAAGCCACCUACCAAGCUAGUGCUAAUUUCCUCCGUUCCAACUUGCCCAAGGAUUUCCAAAGUACAAAGCUUGGUGUUAUUUGUGGUUCUGGUUUAGGUGGCCUUGUGGACACCAUUGAUCAAUCCACCAAAAUUGAAUUUUUAUACAAGGAUAUCCCUGGUUUUGCUGCCAGCACAGUGGUCGGUCAUGCUGGUAAGCUUGUGUUUGGUCAUUUGGGUGAAGCUCGUAUUCCCACUGUCUUUAUGGUCGGACGAUUCCAUUUCUACGAGGGACACAGUAUGCUCCAAUGUACACUUCCUGUGCGCGUCAUGGCCAUGCUGGGUGUCCAAUACCUUAUUGUCACAAAUGCCUGUGGAGGCCUUCAACCUCAGCACAAGGUGGGUGAUUUGAUGAUUAUCAAUGACCAUCUGUCUCUUCCUGGCAUGGCAGGCAACAAUCCCCUUGUGGGCCAAAAUUUCGAUUCCUUUGGUCCUCGUUUCCCUGCAGUCUCGGAUGCAUACACAUAUGCACUUCGUAAAUUGGCUUUCCAGGCAGCAUUUGAAGUCGGCAUUGAUCAGAAUGACAUUCGCGAGGGUGUGUAUUGUAUGGUAACUGGCCCUAGUUUCGAGACCCGUGUAGAGGCACGUUAUUUGGCUUCCAUUGGCGCUGAUGCUGUGGGUAUGUCUACUGUGCCUGAAGUCGUGGUUGCUCGUCAUGCUGGUUUGAAGGUGCUGGGCAUCAGUCUGAUCACCAACGAUGUGGUGAGAGCAAGAGGAAAGGACGCCAAACUGGAAGUGAUGAGAGAAUUAGGGUUGACGACUGAGAAAGACACGGAAGAAGAUACUGAAAAGACAUUUGCCAACCACGCUGAAGUGCUGGAAACCAGUGCUAGAAGAUCCAACGACAUGCAGCGCAUGGUUACUCGUUUUGCUGAUUUGUUGGCUGCAUCUGCAGAUAUUUAA